GGCAAACAAUAAGUGAUUUCGCUGGUGUUUGAAUACUUCUUUAUUCGUUUUCACGAUGCCUAUGUAACCCCAAAUGUAUUUUCUGUACUGUAGGGUGGAGUUUGUGGCUGCGAGCAGGGGUACACAGAGAUAAUGAGAUCAAGUGGCUUCCUGGAUUACUGCAUGAAGGUACCCGGCUCAGAGGAUAAAAAAGCUGACGUGAAAACCCUCUCUGGGAAAAACCGACCUGUGAACUCCAAGAUUCAUGAUAUUUUCAAAGGAUGGUCUCUUCAACCUCUUGACCCAGACGGCCGAGUAAAAAUUUGGGUUUAUGGCGUUUCCGGUGGCAGUUUUCUUAUCAUGAUCUUCCUAGUAUUUACUUCCUAUCUUGUUUGCAAGAAGCCAAAACCACAUCAAAGCACACCUCGUCAUCAGAAGCCACUGACCUUGGCCUACGAUGGAGACUUGGACAUGUAACUUGAAAAAAGGAAUCCAAAUGUAGACAUCAACUGCUGCCUUAAAUGCUUUCUCUUUUGUAGCUCUCAGACUUCUCAGUUCUUUGAGGAAUCUCACGAUGUGAUAUCUUGGGCAGAACACGAAUACUACAAAAGGAAUAGUGCCCCAACUUCAUUUGGACAUGGAGUCAAGGAUUACUGGGUCUGCCAUUUUGUUUUCAAAUUGUUUGUGGGUGUGUUUUGCUUUUUUUGGUUUUCCCAAGAGGCCUGAAAACCUUUCUCUUCCUGUUUGAAAAUGAGAGGAAGAGAACCUGAAGGAUUUCGCACAGACUUGAGUGAACUUGAUCCUCAGUGGCAUUCUGACAAUCCACGGGAAAGUCCAAUCGAGGCAUUUACUGUAAAUGGCGAGUCUGACACUGUAUUGUUACGCACUAUAUUAGUGCAGAGUCCUUAUUCCCAUACUUCAACAUGAGUUUUCUAGAGUUUACAUUGGUUCGAAAACUUACAAAUUGGAUUGCCUAUUUUCAUGAACACAGAGCGAAUGGGUUGCCAUUUCAGAAGUUCUCUGAGUUUUUACCUUUAAAGAAUGCAUUUUAUUUUGUAGCCAGGGGAUGGUGGCACUUUUGUGCGCUGCAUCUGUUGAGACAGGAGAGUGUGAGUUCCAGCUGGACUAGAGUAAAAUGGGUAGGUUCUGGGUGAAAUGUGUCCUGGGUGUUAGCAGUGAAGUUAGGUGAAUGUACUGGAGCGUGAGGUAGACUAUUUGAUAACUAAAACUGUAUUUUAACAAAAACUUAGCUGUGUAGAUAUAGCAUUGAGAUCACACACAGUUGUAAUUCAGUUUAAUGUUGACCAAAAUAUGCUUUUGUAAUUUCGAUUUUCUUAUCUGAAUAUUUAUAAAUUAUUUUGACUUUAAUUAUCUGACCUCAUUUAAUAUACAUUGAACACCGAUCCUGUUUGUAGCGAGUCUUGUUUUUAUAAGGUUUCAAUAAUAUCUCAAACAACGCAUUAAAAAGCUGAGACCAUUUUAUGAGCUAAUCCUUUGUAAUCCCGGAUGUUGGAAGUAAGAAGGUGCCAUUGUGUGCUAUGGAUUUGUCUUUAUAACAAAUAAAGUGCUCAAGAGACU